AUGCAAUUCAAUAUUCAUAAGAUAAGCAAAUCUACUGAUAAACUUACACCUUGUAUUUAUCAACAGUUCAAAAAUAAGUUUAAGAAAUAUAUUUCUGACUUAGACUCUCGUUUUAUAGCCAUUGAUGAAUAUUUUUUAAAAAUUGAAUCUGGAUUAUGUGAUGAUAUAACAGUAGAAGAAUUUAUUUCGUUUGCUGCCGAGACUGCCGACUCAAUGACUACGAAACAUUAUGAUUAUGGUAGAUUUUCUGCUAAGAUAUUAAUGGAAUAUUUAAAAGAAAAUACGUUAGAUUCUUUUUUUGCUAAAGUUGACUACAUUUACAAAAAUGGAGAUUUUUACUCAGAAAAAUUUUACAAUAUUGUUUUAGAUAAUAAAAAAUUCUUAGAUGAACUUGUUGAUUAUUCUAAAGAUGAUUCAUGGACCUAUUUUGCAAUUCUUACGCUUAAAAGAGCAUAUCUGUUAACUCUUGACGGUCAGACAAUUGAAAGACCGCAAGAUAUGUUGUUAAGAGUUGCUGUACAACUACAUGGUGAUAAUCUUGAGAAUGUUAAAGAAACUUAUGAACUGUUAUCUAAUAACAUGUAUACGCACGGAUCGCCUACCAUCUUUAAUUCUGGUAGCAAAAAGUCACAACUUGCUAGUUGCUUUCUUUUAACACCCAUCGAAGAAACAGUUGAAGGACUGUUUGAAACAGUUAAAAGAUGUGUUCAAAUUUCAAAGUCGGGUGGAGGAGUAGCUUUAGACCUACACGACAUGGCUGCUAAAGGAACAAGUAUUAGAAAAACAGGAGGUAUAUCAAAAGGUAUUAUUCCUUAUAUACAAGUAUUAAAUUGGUCUCUUAAAUAUAUUGGUCAAGCAGGAAGUAGAAGAUCGGGUUGCCCUGCUAUUUAUUUAGAGCCCUGGCACAAAGACAUCUUUGAUUUUUUAGAUUUAAGAAAAAGUAUUGGAAAAGAUGAAUUAAGAGCCAGAGAUGUAUUUACUGGCAUGUGGAUUAAUGAUUUAUUUAUGAAAAGGGUUGAGGCUAACGAGGAUUGGUCAUUAUUUUGUCCAAAAUCUGUACCUGGACUUUCAAAUGCUUACGGUAAAGAAUUUGAGGAUAUGUAUCUUGAGUAUGAAAAAAAAGUUGAUUGCGUUGUUGUUCCUGCACAAAAGGUCUGGAAGGCUAUUAUUGAGUCACAAAUUGAAACUGGUACACCCUACAUGUUGUAUAAAGAUACUAUAAAUAAUUUAAGUAAUCAAAAGAAUAUUGGUACAAUUAGAUGUUCUAACCUCUGUACAGAAAUUGUACAAUACACCAGUCCAGAUGAAGUAGCAGUAUGCAACUUGGCUAGUAUAUGUUUACCGAAAUUUGUAAUUAAUGGAGAAUUUGACUUUAAUUUAUUUAAAUCAGUUGUAAAAAUAGUAACUAAAAAUGCUAAUAUAGUUAUUGAUUGUAACUUUUAUCCUCUUAAAGAAGCAGAGAAAAGUAACAAAAAACAUAGGCCUAUAGGUCUGGGUGUUCAAGGACUAGCCGAUGUUUUUUUAAUGCUUAGAUUACCUUAUGAAAGCGAAGGGGCACGAAAACUUAACAAAGAAAUAUUUGAAACACUAUAUUUUGGUGCUUUGGAAUCUUCUUGUGAGGAGGCUGAGAAAUACGGGCCGUAUGAAUCUUAUAACGGAUCACCAAUUAGUAAAGGCAUUUUCCACUGGGAAAUGGCAAAUUCUUCUACUACCGGUAGAUGGAAUUGGGAAGAGUUACGAAAAAAAAUUUUAAAAUAUGGUGUUAGAAAUUCUUUAUUAAUUGCACCUAUGCCUACAGCAGGCACAUCACAAAUUUUUAAUAAUAAUGAAGCAUUUGAACCAUUUACUUCUAAUAUAUACACUAGAAGAACAGCUUGUGGAGAAUUUCAAAUGGUAAAUAGGUAUCUUAUGAAUGAUUUAAUAAAGCUUAACAUGUGGUCUCCUGAAAUAAAAAAUUAUAUUGUUGAACAAGAAGGAUCAAUACAAAACAUAAGUGGUAUUCCAGAGGAAAUUAAAGAGUUAUAUAAAACAGUUUGGGAAAUUAAAAUGAAAUGUGUUAUCGAUUUGGCAGCAGACAGGCAGGCAUUUGUCGAUCAAACUCAAUCUCUAAAUUUAUUUGUUGCAAAGCCUACAUACCCGAUAUUAUCAAGUAUGCAUUUUUAUGGAUGGAAACGAGGAUUGAAAACUGGAAUGUAUUACUUGCGAACAAGACCUAUUACAUCAGCAAUAAAGUUUACAGUAGAUCUUGAUAUGCUUAAAAAAGUCGAAAAAAAUGAAGCUACAAAUGAGGAGCUAAAAGAAAACGAAAUUAAUAAAAGUGAUAUAUGCGAAUCGUGUAGUUGCUAA